GCCCGCCCCGCCCGCCCGCAGCAGCGGGAGGAGCCGCGGGGAUGGUGCCGGCGGCGCUGCGGCCGCGGGCCGUGCGCUGGGCGCUGCUGCUCGCCUUCGCGGCCGGCGUGCUGGUGGGCUGGGAGGCCGGCCGGGCGCGCCGCCGCUUCCUCCGCUGGCGCCAGCGCCGGCUCCAGCAGCGCCUGGCCGCCGCGCAGGAGCGCCUGGAGGCGGCCUGAGCCCCGCCACCCGCGGGGUGCCACCGUGUCCCCUGCGGCGGCCGCGGCUCCGGGGACGCGGCGGGAGCGGAGCCCGGUGUGCGGGUUUGGUGAAGGACGAGAUCGUGGGGCCGCAGGAGCCGGGAUCCCGCAUGACGGCAGCCUAAGCCACCCAACGCCGGGGACAGAGGGACAACGGCCCAGACACCAAAUGCCCAGGACAGAGGGACAGCAGCCCAAACACCAAGGACAGAGAGACAACGGCCCAGACACCAAACGCCCAGGACAGAGGGACAGCAGCCCAAACACCGAGGACAGAGGGACAACGGCCCAGACACCAAACGUCCAGGACAGAAGGACAUCGGCCCAAACACCAAACAUUGAGGACAGAGGGACAUCGGCCCAAACACCAAACACCCAGGACAGAGGGACAUCGGCCCAAACACCAAACACCCAGGACAGAGGGACAUCGGCCCAAACACCAAACACCCAGGACAGAGGGACAGCAGCUCAAACACCAAACAGCAAGGACAGAGGGACAACGGUUCAAACACCAAACUCCCAGGACAGAGGGACAUCGGCCCAAACACCAAACACCCAGGACAGAGGGACAACAGCUCAAACACCAAAUGUCCAGGACAGAGGAACAAUGGCCCAAACGCUGAGGAUAGAGGGACAAUGGCCCAAACACCAAACGCUGAGGACAGAGGGACAACAGCCCAAACGCUGAGGACAGAAGGACAAUGACCCAAAUUUCCGUAUUUCGGAGCGGAUUCGGUGUUUGUGUUGCUUUAGCCCUGCUGAAGCACGCGGCUCUGCGCUGCUGAUACAUUAAACCCGCCAAAAUCAC